UAUAUGCAAAGAUUAUUUUCCCUUCGACUUCUCAUUCCAACCCCAAAACAUCAAAACAAUCAUUUCAAUUUACAAUGGACGCUAGCCAAGGAACAGGCAUCUCGGCGUUGCCCGAAGGUUGCAUAUCAAACGUCCUGUCGUUUACAAGUCCUUACGAUGCCUGUACUUUGUCCGUCGUCUCUUCUUUGUUCAAUAAUGCCGCUGAAUCCGACACCGUUUGGGAGAGAUUCCUGCCAACGGAUUUUCAGUCAAUUAUCUCCCGCUCCCUUGAUCAUCAAUCUCUAUCGGCUUCUUCCUCUUCCAAGAAACAACUCUAUUUCAGACUCUGCCAAAACCCAAUCCUCAUCGACGAUGGCAAAAAGAGUUUUACGUUGGACAAAUGGACUGGGAAGAAAUGUUACAUGCUUUCUGCAAGGGACCUCACCAUUGUCUGGGGCGAUACUCCUACUUAUUGGAGAUGGGUAUCCGACCCGGAUUCCAGAUUUAAAGAAGUGGCUGAGCUUAUCAGUGUAUGUUGGCUUGAAAUCUGUGGCAAAAUUAAUACCCAAAUGUUGUCGCCAGCCGCAAUGUAUACAGCUUACUUGGUGUUCAAAUUAACAAAAGAAGCUUAUGGCUUACAAUCCCAUCCUGCAAAGGUCAGUGUGGGACUUGCCGGAAGUGAGAGCUUUACGCGUAGUGUAUUUUUGGACGUAAAAAGAGAACAGAGAAGGGGUUCAUUUAACCGCAGAGGGAAUUUCGGGUUGCUAGCAUCUGUGCCGAAUGCAGGAAGCGAUGGCGGAUAUCCUAAAGAGAGAGCAGACGGGUGGCUGGAGAUCAAAUUGGGCGAGUUUUUUAACAAGGAAGGCGAAGAUGGGGAAUUGGAGAUGAGUGUUUUGGAGUUGAAAGGUGGUCACUGGAAAGGUGGUCUGGUUGUUCAAGGGAUAGAGAUCAGGCCAAUCAGAGAGUGAAAAUGUUGGUACUUCAUAUCUAUUUUGCAAUGAAAACGUCUGAAUGCGGACAUUCGCAUGAUUACUAGAUAGAGUGAGAGAUCUAUGAGAUGGGAUAGAGCUACCUCUCUUACUAUUAUGUACAUCAGUGGAAAAAGAAAAUUUCCUGUGAGAUUAUAUAUCUGAGCAAAGUAUCAUUAUCUUC